CUAAAUCGAAAUCGCGCCUUGUUGUCGAACUUCAAAAUAUUAAAGAGAGCACUACAUGUAUCUUCGUUUUUCUUUUACUGGCUAUGGCAGAAAUAAAAACUAGUUUCAAGGGAUGUGAACCACCAUCAGUGAUCUAGAGUACUGGUAUAUGUCGUAUAUGUUCAACGGUGAUGUCAUGGCAAGUAUGAUAGAGAGUGUUAAAGCGAGACGGAGAGGGGCUCAGGACUUUGAAGGCUACUAUAGCCAGCUAUGUGCUCUUCAAGAUUCAUGUCCAUUGACAGCGGUCAAGGCCCACCUGGAUGAUGGCAUCCUGGAUCUUAAUGCUGAUAGGGUAAGGCAGCCUGACUGGAUGCCUAUUCUCAAUGCCUUACGUAUCAACAGAAGCCUUCAGUUCGUAGCAUUUAGGAGUUAUUAUCAGAGUGCCAAACAGGAUGACUCGAGAUCACAUUUACAGACACAGGUUCGUCGACCUCCACCGAUCAGGUCAAGAGACAUUGCGCAUCGUCUGUGCAUUGCAUUAAGGGAAUGCCUAGCUAACAGUGAACAGUUACAACACUUAGAGUUACAGGGCUUGUUGCUGAGGGAAAAGAAUGUGGUAUCACUAUGUAAGGGGCUGGCAAAGAGCCGAUGCCUACAGCACCUGUCUUUAGAAUAUUGCCGCAUUGGAGAUAGGGGUGUUGAAGUGCUAUGUCAGUGUAUCAAGAAUGCACCAACCAUUGUGUCUCUCAACCUCACAGCAGCUGGACUCACUUGGAAGAGUGCAGAUAUGAUAGCAAAGCUGGUCAAGCAUCAAGCCACCAGGAGGCAUACAGAGGCAUGGAAAGACAGCCUGAGAUACCGCAGACCAGACCUUGAUCGUAUGCCAGGGAUCCGAAGAAUCACAAUGAAUAACAAUCCACUCCUCAAUGACAAAGGAGCUAUGGCACUGGCUGAAGCACUGAAGGAUGACCUCUGGCUCAAAGCUCUGGACAUGCAGCAUUGUGGUAUAUCGAAUGCAGGAGCAAAGGCAUUUCUUGAUACCUUGCACCAGAAUACUAGUAUCGUUGUACUCGACCUGAGGAGGAACCCUUUAUUAGACCAAGACCUCUUGAAAGCCAUCAUAGAACAGGUCAUGAUCAAUUCAGGAGGACAGGAAGUAGAGUACAAAUGGUUGAGAGCAAGGAGCCCCAGUGGACCAUCUUCUAAGCAAAGGAACAAACGUAAAGGGAGGACCUCUUCCACCCAGAUUAAAAAAGUCAGCAGCAGCAGCAGGAGCACUGUCAAAAGCUCAAUUAAACCUGAGAGAAGAACCCGGUCUAAAUCUGAGAGUGGGAUCAUCAUUCACAGCUCAAAGACUGAGAUGGAGCCUGUUGUAAAAAGACCUGGGCCUGGGUUUGUUCCAUGGAGAACAGCUGCAAGAGCAAACCAAAGAAGCAAGAGCAUCGUUCACAUUGAACCAGGAAGUCCAGAUGGUUCAUCUACACCCACCAGACCUGGAGCAUCAUCCAUCCAUGUACAUGUAGGUAACUCCAGUGAGGUUGAUACAAGCAUCAAGGACAGCAUUGACACACCUUCUACUCAUCUCUCCACAGGUACUGGUGCUACGUAUGAAGCAACCGUCAAUCGAAAGAUUAAGAAUCUUCAGGUUGAAGCUGAAGAGCUGCGACGACGUCUGUACAUUGAGAGCAAGGCAAGGGCAGCCUCUGAUGAACGUGUGAUUGAGCUAGAGGUUGAGAAUAGUCGCUUGAAGCACCAGCUUCAGCUCCUUGAGGCUAGGGGUCCUACCUCACCUCUCAAGAAGGGUGGACAAGUGGAAGAAGAGAAUGGGGAGGAUGAGGCAUUGCUAGAGAGCAUUGAAGAGUCAUUCCAGAAAUUCCAUAGCUUCCUUGACCUUCUUAGAGAUGCUGGUCUUGGUCAACUGUGUACAUUAGUGGGACUGAGCACUCAAGACAUUAGUCAUCCUACAGUGAAAUCUAUCUUGAAGAACCACCAACCAUCAACUCAAUCGGGACCAGCUUCAUCAUCAGCACAACAAACACAUAGUGUCUACCAGCCUGGAAACUUGAUCUAUUCUAAUCAUCCAAUUCAACCAUCUCCUUACAAUGUCCCAUUCGGAGCAAUGGGUCCUCUGUUGCCUGUGAUGUUGUAUCCAAAUCAGACGUCUUCCCCAGGAGCUGGUAAUGUGAACUUCCAACAAGCCCUUGGGGCACAACCAGUGAACAUGGGUAUCUAUCCCCAAAUGAUGAGUACAUACCCACAGCAAAUGCCUAUGAUGCAGGGUCAGAUGCCUCAAGUGAACCAACCUUUGGCACCACAACUACAUAUGUAUCAGCAACCUAUGCAACCAGUACUUGCCAAUCAACAGUCAUCCUCUGCAGGAAUUUCAAAUGGAGGUCUUCAGCCUGUCACAUCCAGUACUUCACAAUCCAAACAAUCAAGAGUGGACAACACAUCCACAUCAGGGGCAUCAACUCAAGUGACUGUAUCUAGCCAAAGACCUAUUCCAGUUACGUCGAAAAGUGAAAGCAUUCCUCUGGAAUCCAUGUCCAGCACAGAGGGUGUGUUUAUGCCAAGUGUCGUUCAGAUCUCUCAAGGAUCAGGCAUGUCAGAAGAUAAAAAACAGCCAACCAGUGGAACUACCCUACCAACAGUUUUAUCAAAAGCAGAUAGACAGGUAUCACCUGAAGUUGAUGAAAGAGAUGGACAAAACAAAGAGGAUUCCCUUCAUGAUCAUCCAGGAAGUCACAAAGGCAGUCCCCUUGCUCUGGGUGAAGAACUUGGCCUUCAGAAGGUUGAAGAUUCUUUUGAGUCAGACAUUGGAAACAUCAGACAAAUGACUGAACUUGACUUUGGUGAGAGUAUUGAUUCCACACCUAGAAUACCUGACACUAAAUACUCUAAAGACAGUCCAAGGGUAGAGAGUGCCACACCCACCAAAGGUAUUGGAUCUCCUACAGAGUCUGAUCACUCUGGAAGAGGGCCUCCAAGGGGUGCAAGCCCCAUUCAAAGUUACUCCGAGGACUUUGAAGGUGAAGCUGAUGAGGAUGAAAGUGAGAUUGAAGAAGAUCUUUUCAAAGAUUCAGAAGGCAGUUUACCAGGAUUAACCAGUGAUGAUGAAUUCUAAACAACUGUACAUGACAGGGAAAAAAUGAGCAUGAUAACUUUGUAUGACUCUUAUUUAUUAUUAAACUACAAAUUAAAAGCAAUGAACAGAUAUGAUACUGUACAAUUGACCAAGAUUUAAAUUCAAAUUUUCAGA